AGAACAUUGCUCAGUAAUGUGCAACUGGAGAUGCUCACCUAAAUGUUCACAGGGAAACACUUACGGCUUUAGCUGGGCACUUAAUCAAAGUGAAGACAGAAAUAAAUUCUGCGUAUGCAGAGUCUUUCAGAUGCUCCUCUGGGAAGGCAUCGAUGUGGCUGCAGAAACACUUUGCCCGACUGUGAAGUCCAGAGAAGUGGAAAAUCUUCACCGAGGUGAUCUGAUUGGUUAUUUUUACCCCUUCAGACAAGGUGACUCUCAGAAUUUCCUUUCCUGCCUGUGCCUCAGGUUGCCUUUAAGUGAUUCAGUGUUUCUCGUCAUUGGGUCCUUCCGUGUACAAGACUGCUUGUUGGGAACUCCCAUCAGGAAACACCUUCAAAAGCACCCUCAGGACUUCACAUUCAGGAAGUCAGAUUUAGAGACUGUUUAGAGGCUACAUCAUCCUUCUUCCUGUGAAAAUAAUAUGAACCAGAAGGUGUUAGUUUUCCUCCUCCCAAAUUUCCUUUUUGGGAUAUUUCUUUUGGGGUUAUUCUGCAAGAGACAAAGAAAUCUAUCGGUCACAGGUCCUUUUUCUGAUCGCUUUGAAGAUUGGUUGAUGAUUCAAAAUGAUCGCAAAAACACCCUGGCUUCUGUCUGCCUGGAGAAAAACCUUCUUAAAUCAAGAAGCAAACUGGAUUUUCAUGUUGCAAACCAGCUCUUUGUGGAGCACAGACAUAAACUAAUCUACUGUGAGGUUCCCAAGGUAGGCUGCUCCAACUGGAAGAGAACAAUUUUUCUUCUCCAAGCAGAUUUGAACAUGAAAGCUGCUGAAAUUGAGCAUGACAACAUCCACAGAACUUCAGUGAUCAAGAAGCUGACGUCUUACCCUCCUGAAAAGCAAGAGGAGUUUCUGAGCAACUACACUAAAGUGAUGUUCACUAGGCAUCCCUUGGAGCGGCUAGUUUCAGCUUACAGGGACAAGCUUCUGCACUCUGAGCCAUUCUAUAGCAUCACUGUUGCAAAUGAGAUUAGGGCCAUGUUCAGGAAAAACAAUAAUUCCUCUGAAAAAGUGAGUUUCCAAGAAUUUGUCAACUUUAUUAUAACAAAACAACCAAAUGCCCUAGACAUCCACUGGAAACCAAUGUUUCUGCUCUGUGAUCCUUGCAACAUUCACUAUGAUGUUCUGGGCAAGUAUGAAACUCUAGGCUUAGAUUCUGAGCAUGUUCUGAAGAUCAUUGGGGCACCAGAGAGCAUGCACUACCCCAGCUUGAAGAGAUACAGCUCAGAGAAACGAACUACUGGUGAUAUCACCUUGGAGUAUUUCAGACAAUUGAGCUCAGAACAAAUUGAAAAGAUCAAAAAAGUAUAUCAAUUGGAUUUUUUCUUGUUCAACUAUAGUAUGAAAUAUGAGGAUUAUUUUUCCACGGGAGGCUAAUAUAGUUUAAACAGGAGGACGAUUUUAACUUGUGUGAAACGGGGAGAACUUAUUCUAACAGGUGCUUUCUAGGUGACUAAUGACUGAGAUUGCAUUGGUGUUGUGUAACGUGAUUUUAUUCAUCCUAGGCAGCGUUAUAACCAAUCUCUGCAACAAUCUGUUGUACAGUGCUUCAUCCUAAUGAUAUGAUGGGAUUUUGUUUCGGUUGAUCAUUAUUGGGAUAUGUUUAUUUUGUGCAAAUUGUUUAUAACCGAUAGAGUUUGCUCCAUUGAUAAGAGGAGGAGAAAGGACAAAGAAUGUUAUGC